AUGAGACAUAGAGGAAGACGAUCAACACAGCAUACACAUGUAAGAGAAGGAAUUUACAUCAAAAAGUUAAUUAAACAAAUUAAUCCAGCAUGUAGAAUUCAAGUUAAGAGUGUUCAAAUUUUAACUAGUUUAAUUAGAGAUACAACAAUUAGUAUUAUGAAUGAAGCAUUUCAUUUAGUACAACUUUCAAAUAAAAGAACCUUAAGUGCACGUGACGUUCAAACUUCCGUUCGUUUAUGUACUGUUGGUGAAAUUUCAAGACAUGCAGUCUCUGAAGGUGUUAAAAGAGUUACAAAUUUUAAUUCCGCAAAGCAAUAUCCACCACAACCACCACCAGCAAAAACCGCCACUCCUUCAUCCCCUUCUUCAAUUCCUGCUCCACCAAUUUCCCACCCACCAAUAAUCCCACAUUCUUAUUUAAAAACAAAGGUAAAACAAAUGAAUUAUAAUUACAGAAUUUCAAAUUCUUCAAUGCAUUAUUUAUCAGCUGUUAUUGAAUAUUUGCUUUCUGAAAUAUUAGAGUUAUCUAGUAAUGGGGCAGUAUCAGCCAAGAGAACUUUAAUUCAACCAAGAGAUAUUUUCUUAGCCAUUGCUAAUGACAUUGAAUUACAUUCAAUGUAUGGUCACGUAAUCAUUCCAGGUGGUGGUACAAAACCAUUGUUCAAUUCCUUAUCUUUCUAA